AGUUUUCAAAGUCGCGUGUUGAAAUUAUCCAUUCAAGUCAGCCUUAUCAACGAACAAGUUCAUCCCAGACGUUACCAUUCACCGUGUUCUAUCUUUUAAAUUGAACCUCCCUAAUCACCUGUGCUUAAUAAUCUGAAGCUUAGGGUAUUUCUAAUUCUUUCGUCCAGGGGGAGUAAGGCCGUCGCGCCUGAGUCGUCGCAUAGAUUUUUAAUAAAAAGAGGCGCGAGCCUAAACAGACGAUCACGAUGGCGCCUCCUAAAAUGACGAAGAAUCAGAAGCGCCGCGCGAAGAAGAAGGCAGAAAAACAGACCAAGCCAGAGGAAAUACUCGAGGCCGACGAUACUCCAGAGGUUCAAAUAGAUGAAGCAAAAUCAGAGCCGACAAAGGAUGCACCUAAUAAUAGCGAUACGACAGAGCUUGAAGUCAAGAAGGAACCUACUUCGUCAGAUAAGAUCGCUGCUGAUGGACCUACUGAAUCCGCUGAAGAAUUCGAUUUCGAUAAUGAAGAUCCUGCCUUUUCUAUGUACAAAGAUAUAUUUACCAAGUUUGGUGUAUCGGGAGAGGAGGAUGAUAUUGCAAAGGAAGCCAACGCUGGCAACCAGGGUGAGGUCUACUUUGACGACGACAACGACAUACCCGACGAAGAAGACGAAAGAAAUACGCAGCCCAAACUCUCGAAGAAGAAGCGGAAGAUGCUUAACAAGCUCUCUAUCGCAGAACUUAAAGCGUUGGUGAAGAAACCCGAAGUUGUAGAAUGGCAUGAUACAUCAUCAUCAGACCCUCGAAUGCUAGUUCAGAUCAAAGCGCAACGAAAUGUGGUCCCGGUACCUUCCCACUGGUCACUUAAACGCGAAUAUCUUUCAUCCAAGAGAGGUAUUGAGAAGCCUGCCUUCAAAUUGCCGAAGUUUAUCGCGGACACCGGCAUUGCAGAGAUGAGAGACGCCGUACUAGAGAAACAAGCAGAGCAAACUCUGAAGCAGAAGCAGCGCGAAAGAGUACAGCCGAAAAUGGGCAAGCUUGAUAUCGACUACCAGAAGCUCUACGAUGCCUUUUUCAGGUUUCAAAGUAAACCUCAAUUAACGCGCUUCGGUGAAGUCUACUAUGAGGGCAAGGAAUACGAGACAGACCUGCGGCAUCUCCGACCUGGAGAGCUAAGCGACACCUUAAAAGAUGCGCUUAGUAUCCCUCCUGGGGCCCCUCCGCCAUGGCUCAUCCACCAACAAAGAUUCGGCCCGCCUCCUUCUUAUCCCUCUCUUCGUAUUCCUGGACUUAACGCCCCUAUUCCACCAGGUGCCCAAUGGGGUUUCAACCCAGGAUGUUACGGUAAACCACCUGUCGAUGAAUACAACAGACCACUGUAUGGAGGAGAUAUAUUCGGUAUCAUGCAGCCAUCCCAAGCAGCACCCCCUCCUGGUGAGCCUAUUGAGCGUACAAUGUGGGGCGAGCUUCAAGAACCUGAAGAGGAGUCCGAAGAAGAGGAAGAAGACGAGGAUGAGGAAGAAGAUGAGGAAGAUGUUGGUGCAGGCUUACAGACUCCUUCUGGCAUGGAAACACCCGGCGGCUUGGCUAGCAGUGUACCGACGGAGUAUGGUACGACGACCGAGUCUGUAGCCGGAGAGUUGGAUCUACGGAAGUCCCGUCGUGGUUAUGAGACCGAAGAUAGCACCCAUCCUCGUUCAGCUUACACGGUCAUUCAAGAGAAGCAGGCUCGAGCGGAAGGCUUCUUUGGCAGUGACCGUGUGUAUGAUCUCAAGAACGCCGGCGGGGAUGUGCGUGUCCUCGGCCAGGACGACGAUAGCAGCCGGAAGCGGAAGAAGCCUGGCGAUGUAGAUGUAUCUUUCGAUCCAGACGCAUUGGCAGAUGGUAUCAGCAAGGACGAGAUGCGGAAGAGAUUUGAAGAAGGGCGGCGUGAUGAGGGUAUCGGUGCUAAUUGGAGGAGAGAAGAAGGCUUAGAAGAGAUGAUUGCGAAUGAGAGUCGCAAGAGGCUGAAGCGUGACGAGGAGAAGAGAGACGAAAGGAAGAAAUAUAGGUUCUAGGCUGACUCGCUUCCUAGAAGAGGACUAAUAAUAAAUUGAUAUGUACUUAUUAGUGUAUAGCAUUGGGAUCGAUGAGCGGUUUGCAAGUACUCAUUGCCUACCUAGGUACCUACCUGUUAGCAAUUCAAUCAAAGGUGAUACGCCCCAAGGCGGGAGAUUGGAUAAUAAAUGUUCU